AGCUGCAAACUGAAACUGCGUCAGGCACAUCUUCCGCUUCUUGACUUCAGGACAACCACAUCAACGCCCACCGUGCAGUCGGCAAGCAUUGAAGGUUGCAGUUUCAACCAAGACACUGGGACAACCCCGAGCAAAAAGAAAAAAAUGGAGACGGCGGCAGCGCAAAUGCAGCGAGCAAAACGCCGCUACACAGCGUUUCUGCGCGAACGCGCCAAUCUGGCUUUGUCUGGAAAAUCAGACCCGCUCACGGAAGACGAGAUAGGAAAGCUGGAGAAAGAGUAUCCAGAACUUGUACGCGUAGUGUCAGAAGGCGGGGAAAGCGCAAUCAACUGCAAAUCCUCACCGCCUCUUCCUGCUAAAGAUAGCUGUGGCGAAGCGAGAGCCAUCACUCACAACGCGGCACCGAAUUCGAUACCUUCGUUCUCGGCCCCUGCGGUGCAGUUAUCGUCAAAGGCACGCUUGCGAAAGUCGGCGCCACCGUUGCUGCUGAUGCAAACACGGCCUUUACCCAACUCCCUUCCUCGAUCGCUGAGCGCAGACGCGCUGCAGCGGCACUCCCGAAGUGUGCACGCGAGCCCGGCAAACGAGAACAACUAUUCCAUGAUGAUGUUUGCGCUGCAGCUCUUCAACGAGCGGCAUCAGAAGUCGAUGAUGACUCGUCUCAGCGUUGUGGCCACCGCUCUUCUCUCCGUUGCUGCCGCUCUUGCGCACUGCACUGUUGUAGAUCCGGCGUCUACCCCGGGCUCCCUUCUCAGUCCCUCCUUGCUCACCCUCUUGGUUCACGCGAACGUGCUUUGCGGGGUGUACGUGCGAGGCCGGCGUCGCUUUACAGCGCCAAUGCUCAUUGUCUACGCCGUCUUGGACAUUAUCCCUUCGCUUGGCUUGGGUAUCGUCUUCUACAAUCUAGGCUUAAUUGCGCUGGAGUCCUAUGGCUUUCGUAGAGCCUCCUCUGCGUGCUAA